AUGUUGUUAUUCACGUUAGUAGGAGGUUAUAUAUUAACGUCAAUGAUAUUUUUUAAAUAUCCAACGUUGUUACAUAAAAAGAAACAAGUGAAAUUUAUGUGCCAGCAUAUUAGUCACAGAGGGGAGCUGUGGCAGUUGGUACAGAAAUGUUGGAAUUGGACUGUCAUUUGACAAAAGAUGGAGAAGUAAUUGUAUCACAUGAUCAUAAUCUUUUGCGUAGCACAGGCACAAAUAAAAGUAUUUCAGAAGUGAAUUACAAAGAUCUACCUCUACUAAAACCACGUCUUCCAAUAGAUUUUGAUCCAGAUGUAGAAUAUAUUGGCACAGAGAAGGAGGAAGAUAGAAGAUUUGCUUUACUGAAAGAAGUAUUUGAAGCAUUCCCUAAUAUACCAGUUAAUAUUGAUAUUAAGGUCAAUGAUGAUGAACUUAUAACCAAAGUAUCUGAAUUAAUAAAGGGAUAUAAUCGUGAAGAGUACACUGUAUGGGGAAAUUUUAGUGAUGAAAUAACACGAAAAUGUUAUAGAACGAAUCCUAAUGUAAAUUUGUUAUUUUCUAUGAGACGUGUAAUUCUGUUGAUAGUUUUCUUAUACACUGGUUUAUUACCAUUUGUACCUCUAAAGGAAACACAUUUAGAAAUAUUUCUACCUUCCAUUUAUUUAAGACGCAAAGGCAGUCCAAGUUCAACAUUUUUACCUUUGGAAAAAGUAAUUGUAAGGACUAUUAAUGUAUUGUUAAUGAGAAGAUGCUUAUUUAAUCAUUUAAGAGCUCGUGGAAUACAUGUCUAUUUUUGGGUCUUAAACGAAGAGGAAGAAUUUAAAAAAGCUUUUGAUCUUGGAGCUACAGGUGUAAUGACAGAUUACCCUACAAGAUUAAAAUUAUUUUUAAAUAAUUGUCCUGCUGAAUAA